CAAUGUGAACAGAACAAGUGGCCCAACUCAUAACACAAAUUUGGGAUUUUAGCAGCCUGGUUGGUCAGGUCUUUCAUGGUGGUUAACCAUCAUCUCACGAUCAGCAAAUCUUCAAUUAAUCUCCAUUUUCAAGUCAGUGUGGCCCUCCAUCAUCAUCGUCAUCAUUCUACUGAAUCCAUAUUAAAACGAAGCUUCCGAAAACAACCACGAAUUUAGGGGAGACCGAGCUGCCAUUCCUUGAUGACUUCUUAUCAAUUUCUCAGAUCUCCCCUUCAUAAACCCAUACAUACAUCUACUACUCCUUUUCUAGCCGCUCGAAGAUCUGUAUAUAGUUGAUUGGUUUUGUUCCGAAUCGGUAUCCAAUUACUAGCUUCAGUUUGCUGGCUCUUUUGUCUUUUUUGAGGUCAUUAUCCUGAUCCCUUUAUAAGGAUUUCGUAUUAUUAUACCUGAAGAAGUAAGGAAGAGGAUGGUGAUUUCGGAUAAUACCAGAGGGUUAAUUCUGGCAAUAUCAUCAAGCUUGUUUAUUGGAACGAGCUUUAUAUUGAAGAAGAAAGGUCUAAAGCGUGCUGCUGAUGCUGGCACUCGAGCAGGAGUUGGAGGCUAUGCGUAUUUGCUUGAACCACUUUGGUGGACAGGCAUGAUAUCAAUGAUCGUUGGGGAGGUGGCCAAUUUUGUGGCUUAUAUUUAUGCUCCAGCAGUUCUGGUGACCCCUCUUGGUGUUUUGAGUAUAAUUAUCAGUGCUAUUUUGGCGCACUUUCUGUUGAAAGAACGAUUGCAAAGAUUGGGUGUACUGGGAUGCAUUUCGUGCAUCAUGGGCUCAGUGGUUAUUGUUAUCCAUGCACCUCAGGAGAAUAUGCCAGCUUCUUUAGAAGAAAUCUGGAUUUUGGCAACUCAACCAGCAUUUUUGGCUUAUGUAGCUGCAACUUUAUCGGUGGUGCUAGCUUUGAUUUUGCAUUUUGAGCCUCGCUAUGGGCAGACAAAUAUACUGGUUUAUUUGGGAAUCUGUUCCUUAAUGGGUUCAUUCACGAUUGUCAGCAUAAAGGCUAUUGGAAUUGCAAUAAAACUUACUUUGGAAGGAAUAAGUCAAGUUGCUUAUCCUCCGACAUGGUUUUUUCUUUCUGUUGCAGUGAUAUGCGUCAUCACACAGCUAAAUUACCUUAAUAAGGCACUGGAUACAUUCAACACUGCAAUUGUUUCUCCAAUAUAUUAUGUAAUGUUCACCACAAUGACCAUCAUCGCAAGUGCAAUAAUGUUCAAGGACUGGGCAGGACAAAGUGCCAGCGACAUAAUUUCUGCGAUAUGUGGAUUUAUAACUGUACUUUCAGGAACAGUCAUGCUCCAUGUCACUAGAGAGCAGGACCCAGUUCCUUUGCCAGGAACUGUAACAUGGUACGAUGGGGAACAAAUAAAGGCUAUAGAGGAUGGACAUUACAUCCUGUUGCAUGAUUCAGAAUACUUAGACUCAUAUAGUGUCUCGACGAAGAAUUAGAGUGGUUGAUUGCAGAACUGGAAGUUCUAUCACAGCCCAUUCUUGAUUUGUGCAGUAGAGGAAAUGAGGUUCUCGAGUUCUCAUUUAAGCUGAUUAAUCUUGAGCUUCACAACUGCUUGGCAAUUUCUUCCUAUGUGCAUAAGGCUAGAGGGAGAGGUUUUGAUUUUUCAAGAUUUCUUGAGCAACAUGGGGAUACAUCUGGACAUGGUUUUCUUGCAAAUCUCUAAUUGUCUAAUUGCAGUCGGGGUUUGUACAUAUAUGGCUUCUUUCUAGUGUAAUUAUUCAUUAUUUUUUCAUAAUGAGAUAUAGCAUAUGUUUUUUCUGAA